AUGCAUUCCUUCGACGAGCUACCUGACGGCGCUGGAUGGCGAGGCCUCUUGCAUUGCGCAAAGCUCACUUUCGUCGGUCGUCCUUCCCUCGGGCACCCUUCGCUCGUCCGACUGUAUCGUAACAAUCGGAUGAGCCGAGUCGGCAUCCUUUGGGAGACGUACCAGGAGACUGGGUACGCUCUCGAACUGUUUGCUGAUCCUUUGACUCGCAACAGUGAUCUCGUCAUCAUGGUUCGAGUCUCUGUGCUUAAUGACUGCCUUAACAACAUCAACAAUGCCGAGCGACGAGGAAAGCGACAGGUCAUCAUCCGACCGUCUUCGAAAGUCAUCGUCCGCUUCUUGACCGUCAUGCAAAAGCAUGGCUACAUCGAAGAGUUCGAAGAGGUAGACGAUCACCGCUCUGGCAAGCUCGUCAUCCAAUUGAACGGACGCAUCAAUAAGUGCGGCGUCAUCUCACCUCGCUUCAACGUUCAGCUCGGCCAGAUCGAAAACUGGGUCGCGCUGCUCUUGCCCGCCCGUUCGUUCGGCUACAUCAUCCUCACCACUUCUGCGGGUAUCAUGGAUCACGAGGAGGCAAGACGAAAGCAUGUCGCGGGCAAAGUCAUUGGCUACGUGUACUAG